AUGCCAUAUUCAUAUGAUUCCAGUGGCACAUCUCAAACUAACUUUCAGGAGGCAAGUACAACAGUAAAUGCACAGGAAGUCCCACCACGGCCUAAGAAUUCAUAUUCAGUUUCGGAAAUGUUUGAAAUUCGCCAAAGAAUGGUAGAUGCUAACCAACUACUUCCUGUGGAAUCACAGCUCCCUUAUAGGUUGUCGGAAAUCAACAGAACAAUUCAUGUCGAUCUUAAAGAGGCUAGAUUACAAGAUUCCACAAAGAAAAGCUCCCCUACUGUUAACGGUUUUUCAAAUACUGAUCAUGAUUCACAGUUUCUAGUUGAUAAAAUGGAGAAAUUAUCAACCAAUGAUCAGGGAUCGAACUGGAGUUCACCUUUAGUAAGUCAUCCCUUGUUGACUAGGCAGACAUCAAGUCGGAUCUCAUCAAACAUGACUCCUCCCCCUGGCAUUACUCCUCUAGGUUCAGUUCCGCCCACCUUGGAGCCUUCUCAAAUUCAAUGGAUCUACUUAGAUGCCCAAGGGCAGGAGCAAGGACCUUUUGAUGGCCUGAUGAUGCAAGGCUGGUUUGAGGCAAACUAUUUAACUCCUGAGUUGAGGUUAAGGAGAAAAGAGGAAUCGAGUUUUCGUACUUUAGCUGAAUUGGUUCAGUCGCUUGGUGAUUUCAGGUAUCCAUUCUUGAAAAGAUUGCCCCCCAUCACUCAAUCAACUGAUCCCAUUUUCUUCCCUAAUCAUGCGGAGGUGCCACAAUGGGGUGCAAACUCUAGCAAUAGUAAGUCGAGUUCCCCUUGGAUCUCCCACCAGAACUUGUCCAUGGAUUACGGAGGGCAAAGGUUGAACUCACCAUCGACUUUCCUUCCUCAGUUUGAUUUGACUUCCCAAAUCAGAGCAGCUACUCCUCUGUCCGCUCCAAUUGUCUCUACUCCUGAUUUCUCCGCUGAAAUUUUGGGAGCUAGCACGGCUCCCCUUGGGGAAAGCAACCAGAAAGAGCUCAGUGCUACUCUGACCAAAGAGGCCGAGCCUGAGAAUAUUGACGAUUUCCCUAUUAAGUCUAUCUCUUUUGAUGAUGAACCUUCCCAAGGUUCUACUCCUGUGUCUACUGCCAAAGAUGAGCCUGAACCAAGCAAACCGGCUACGAUCUCCUCUGUUUUUGCCUCGUCUUCUGUCACUGUUCCUACGUCCGCUCCAGCCCCUGCACCUGUUCCUGCACCCACUACGGUAAGAACUUUACCAAGCCUCAGAGAAAUCCAGCAGGAAGAACUUACCAAGGCAAAACUGAGAAGACAAGCAGAGGAGGCUAGGCUUCAAGAGUCGCUGAGAUUGCAAAGGCUGAAAGAACAAGAAAAAUCCAAAAAUGAAGUAUCCACUUCACAAAAAGCAUCUGACAUUGCUCCAUGGGCCAAUACCAAAGUAUCAGGCCCUCCUCUUUCAUUAAGGCAGAUUCAAGAACUGGAAGCCAAACAACUCCAAGAACGUAAGAAGAAACAACUGAAUAACGUACAAAACCAACCUAUUGCUCAAAGAUUGUCGGAAGGGGCAGCAUCAACUUCCUUGCCCGCUUCAGCAACUUGGGCGAAAACACCUGUUGCACCUGUGUUGGCAACAAAAUCCCUGACUGAAAUUCAAAAGGAACAAGCCGAAGCACAAGCACAGAGAUUACAAAGUCAAGCAUUGAAAAACAACGCAGUGUCUUUUGCCAACGUUGCAUCAUCCUCUUCGACCCCUGUCGAACCAGAAGAUGGUUGGACCGUAAUUUCAAAGAAAGUUGUUGCCAAACCCAAACCUUCGGCAGCUGCCGUAGCAGGUGCUCUUGCCCCCAAACAACCAUUAGCACCCUCUGCUUUGCGUGCUUUGUCUGCUCAAGGAACCGUUGGUACCACAGCCAACACCGCUACCAGGUCAUCGCAGUCGGCUCCUCCAAGUCGACAAUUCCUUGAUUGGUGUCGAUCUCAAUUGGUACAACUGAACAAGAGCGUUAACAAGGAGGAUCUCCUGAGCAUCUUGCUUCAACUUUCAGGAGGUUCAGAGUCUCAAGAGAUUAUUGCAGACACUAUUUACUCCAACUCUUCUAUAAUGGAUGGUAGAAGGUUUGCUAGUGAGUUCUUAAAGAGAAAACAAGUUGUCGAGGCUUGGAUUGAGAAGAACGGUUUUGAAUUUGACUGGUACGAAGCACAAACAAAAACUUUGAACGACGUUAAUGACAGCUCCAAGGAUCAGGAUGACGAAUGGGACAUGGCUUUCACUAAGGUGGUCAGUAAGAAGCCAAAGAAGAGAGUGUAA